AUGUCUCUCCAGAGCGGUGCUCGCCUUGGCGAUAAAGUAGCCAUAGUCACUGGAGGUUCUCGCGGUAUCGGCGAGCGCAUUGCAUUUGAACUUGCGCAGAAUGGAGCCAAGGUAGGAGCUUUUCAACUACCUUGUAUCAAAGUCGAAAGGCAAAUCAGCUCACAUGUUAUCAAGGUUUCAAUUACAUAUACAUCGGCCGGAAGUGAGGCGCGCCUGAAUGAUUUGAUACAACGUGUCAACGCGCUCGAUAAUGGUUCCUCUGCUAUCGGUGUAAAGGCCGAUCUGCGGGACCCCGCAUCCCCAGCAAAAAUCGUCACAGAAACAAUCCAGCAUUUCGGCGAGCACAUUGAUAUCCUGGUCAACAACGCCGGCGUCGAGCUCGUCAAGCCUCUCCAGGAGAUCACAGUGGCCGAUUUUGGGUUUGUUUACGACCUCAACGUCCGCGCGCCCAUGCUCAUGCUGCAGUCUGUCCUACCGUAUUUACGUGCCCCAGGGCGAAUUAUUAACAUUGGCUCUGUUGGCGGGCGGUAUGGGUUUAAGCAGCUGUCUGUUUAUUGUUCUUCGAAGUCAGCACUGGAAGGCUUGACAAGAUGCUGGGCAGCUGAGCUAGGGUUAAGUGGGCACACUGUUAACUGUGUGAACCCGGGCCCUGUCCAGACGGAACUCAUGGAUAAUAUUCCCAAGGAGACUAUUGCGAUGCAAAAAAGCCAAACCCCUAUACAGAACAGGAUAGGUACCGUGGAGGAUAUUGCGCCGGUAGUGGUCUGGCUUGCUAGCGAGGAGAGCAAAUGGAUUACUGGCCAGGUUGUCUCGGCUAGUGGAGGGUGGGCCAUGUAUUAG